AUGACUGGUACAUCGAGCUCACAGGUUCUGUCAGCUCUAUCAUAUAAUGCCGUUUUUUUUGGUAUCUUCAUGACAAUAUUCUUCGUAUUUCGUCUGAAAUUGAAGAGAUUAUAUGAGCCCAGGUCUACUUAUGAUUUGGUUGAUGAGGAGCAGAAACCUGAACCGCUGCCGAAGGGACUUUGGCAAUGGUUACUACCACUAUUAAAAAAAUCUGAUAAUUUUGUUAUCCAACAAGCUGGCAUUGAUGGCUAUUUCUUCCUAAGGUAUUUGUUUCUAAUGUUUGUCUAUUUUGCAAUUUCCGCCUUAUGGUUAUUUCCAAUUUUAUUCCCCGUGAAUAUUGUAAACGGUAGAAACCAAGAUGGUAUGGAUAAAUUGGCAUUUCAGAAUGUUAAAAAUAAGAAAAGGUACUAUGCUCAUGCAUUUUGUGGAUGGAUUUUUUAUUGGGUGUUUUUGUUUGUCAUUUACAGAGAGCUUUAUUAUUACAAUUCACUAAGGUGCAUCGUCCUUUCAUCACCCCGUUAUGGCCGUAAACUCUCGUCUCGUACUGUCCUCUUCCAAAGUGUACCUAGUCAAUAUUUAAGUGAAAGAGAAUUCAGAAAGUUAUUUGAAGGUGUUAGAAGAAUUUGGAUUGCAAGAGGAAAUCGUCAGAAGCUGGAAGAAAAAAUAGGAAUUAGAGAUGGGCUUGUAGAUAAAUUGGAACGCGCAACCGUAAAAUACCAAUUAAAUGCAUUGAAGAAAGUUAGAAAAACGCUAAAGAAAACUCCUGAUCAUGAAAUUGUUCAUGAUAUCAAUAACUAUAUCCCCAGAAAGAAAAGACCCAGACACAGACCAAGAUUUUGGAAGAAGAAAGUUGAUACCAUCGAUUAUAUCUGUGAAGAAUUACCCAAAAUCAAUGCGGAGAUUACUUACAUGCAGGAGAAUAAUAGCAGUGCACCGCCAUUUAACUCAGUAUUUGUUGAAUUUGAGUCUCAAUAUCAAGCUCAAGUAGCGUCUCAGGUGGUUGGUCACCAUGGUCCAUUAGCACUUUCUCCUGCUCAUGUUGGUGUUGAACCUAGCGAUGUGCAUUGGCCUAAUAUGCGUAUGUCUUGGUGGGAAAAAAUGAUUAGAAGUAUGAGUAGUAUCGUUGCUGUCUGCGCUUUGGUACUUUUAUGGUCUUUCCCGGUCGCUUUCGUUGGUAUGGUUUCAAAUAUCGAUUAUUUGACUAACAAAGUACAUUGGUUACGUUUCAUUUACCACUUACCUCAUAAAUUACUUGGGUUGUUAACCUCAUUGUUCCCCACCGUGGCAUUGGCAUGGUUGAUGUCCUUUUUACCAACUUUUAUUAGGAUGCUUGCUGAAUUCGCUGGGUUUGCCACAUCCCAACUUUUAGACUAUUUUGUCCAACAGACAUUUUUCGCUUUUCAACUGGUCCAAGUGUUCUUAGUGGUAUCUAUAACCUCCGCGGCUACAUCCACUGUGACUAGAAUCGUAGAAUACCCAUCGGAAGCCAUGUCACUUCUAGCCGGUAAUUUACCCAAAUCUUCCAAUUUUUUCAUUUCGUACCUUCUACUACAAGGGAUGGGUGUGUCUUCAGCUAUCCUAGCUCAAAUCCUUCCCUUUAUCUUUUUCUACAUCAUAGGCCCUCAUACUGAUACAACUCCAAGGAGAAAAUACCUACGUUUUAAAGAUAUAGGCGCACCUGGAUGGGGGUUUACUUAUCCAGUUUACUGCAAUUUGGCUGUGAUCACACUUGCAUAUGGUAUCAUAUCACCCUUAAUCUUAAUUUUUGCCGCUGUUGGUUUCUUCCUACUGUACAUUGCAUGGCUUUAUACAUUAACCUACGUCCAGGUUCAAGGUUCCGAUAGUAGAGGCCAAAACUAUCCAAGGGCUCUUUUCCAAACAAUUACUGGUCUCUAUUUGGGGCAAAUUUGUCUAUUAGGGCUUUUUGCAGUCGGUAAAGGUUGGGGUCCAAUUGUCAUACAGGCAAUUGGAUUGGCUGUAACGGUUAUCGUUCACAUUCAUUUAAACCAAGCUUUUGACCGUCUCAUGAAAUAUGUUCCUGUAGACACUAUGAAAUCAUUAAAUGGGAAACAUGAUACUCCAUCAUUCAAAAACAUUUAUCAAGAACAAGUGGGCUGGUGUGAUGAGUUUGAAGAAUUACCACCUUUCCCAUUACCCAAAUAUCAACCCAAGAGCGCGUCUGCCGAAGCUAAUGGCAACGAUGAUCCCGUUCCUUCUCCUUACGAUACCAAUAGAGCAUCUGCAAUUUGUGCAACAGAUGAUUCGGCAGAAACUGCAUAUGCUGAAAGCGUGGUACAUUACAACCCAUUACCAUCAGAAACUUAUGAAAUGUCAGAAAACAAGGUUUCUUGGGUGCCAUUAUUAGCAGAUGGUGUAGAAGGUCGCAUACCGCCAGCACCUUUUUACAUUAGAUUUUUCUUACCACACAUCUAUGCAUCUUUCAAAGCGGUCAAAUACAAAUUACCAGAAUGUUACGGUUUAUUAAAACCAGAAACUCCAGAAUCAGAUGCCGCCAAUGCAUCCGCAUACAAUUACCCCGCAGUGUCAUCCCAAUGCCCUUCUGUAUGGUUACCAAGGGAUCCAUUUGGCUUUUCAGAACAACUGAUUGAAGAAUUGAAAGACGCUGUAAUUGUAUCUGAUGAAAAUGCUGUUGUAAGACCAGACGGGCAUUUUGACUGGCUAGGAGAUCCACCUGCACCAGGUUUGCCAAAACCUCCUCACAAGAAGACGGAUGAAAACGAAUCUACGUUGGAAGAAGGUGAAUCUACAGAAAAUUAUACUGUGAAAUGA